UUUUACAACGUACCAGUGCCAUUCAGUUUCUCAUGGAGUUUGCCUGAGUUUGCCGGUGUCUGAAUAGGAACGAGGAUCAAAAAAUAUUUUCUCCUCUAAAAUAAAAUAUCUUAUUUUUCUCACACUUUAAAUUUCACUUCUUAUUUUGAGAAAAAAAGAAGAAGAAAAAAAUGGCUUUUCUUGGCAUAAAAUAUAAACUUGCACAGAGCGAAAAUUUUGAGGAGCUCAUGAAGGCAUUGGGUGUUGGACUCGUGACUCGAAAAAUGGGGGCGGCUGUUAGUCCAAUUGUUGAAGUCACUCUUGAUGGUGACGAAUAUACAAUGAAUACAACGAGCACUUUUAAAAAUUCGGUAAUCAAAUUUAAGCCGGGUGUUGAAUUUACUGAGGAAACACCUGACGGAAGGGAGGUGAAGACCACUAUUACCGUGGAUGGUGAUAAAAUGACUCAAAUUCAAAAAGGCGAAAAGGAUACAAUUAUCGAACGAGAAUUCACACCAACUGAAAUGAAAGCCAUAAUGAAGGUGGAUGAUAUUGUCUGCACGAGAGUUUACAAGGCACAAAAUUAAUUAUCUUACCUGCGCGAGGAAUAAUAUAAUCAACUUUCAAUCUUUAUAUUAUUAUAUUAUAAAUAUAAUAAAUGAUCUGCACGAAUUUUUAAGAAUGUAAAUUACAUUCACUAUAAUUAUUAUAAUUGCGACAAAAAAAAGAAACAUAAAAUGAAAGUAUAAAGCAAAACAAAAAGAGGAAGUAAUAUUAUCUUCUUUUUAUAAACAAAAAAAAAAUCAAUGCAAUAAUUUCUUCGAAAAUGAAAAUUUUUUGUUCUACCUACAUUCCUCUAUAUUAUGUUUUUAUAAGUUUUCUCUCGUCAAAAAUUAGUCGAGACUAAUUGUCAUGCAUUUUUCACGAAUAAAGCUUUUUUUUAUUUAAAA